UUGGAAGUGUGCCGUCUCCUCGAACCCGCAUCCAGCAGCACCGCAGCGCUCCCGCUCGCACUGAAAUCGAUUUUUUCUCGCAAGCGCAAUUUUUUCUCUGGCGGCCAUCAUCAUCCAUCGCAUCGCGUAUUCGAGUGUCGUGCAGUGCAGUCGUGCGAAGAAGAAGUGGAAACGCUUUCUCGAAAUAUCGCUCCAGAGCUCCAGAGGUUGGUUUCCUUUCCCAUAUCGCAGGUUUGGGAGCGCACAGAAAUUUGUGAGUCCGAGAAGCUCUUCAUCCCUUGUUUUCCCUGGAUCGGAUCGAAAGUGUGUUUGGUGCGAUUUUCGCUGGGAAAGAGAAAAUUUUCACCCAAGUCGUGGACGUCGGACGUCUUGUCGUGGUCGCGCGAGCAAAUCGCGAUUUUUCGAUUUUCGGGAGUCGAGUGAGUUUAGUGUGCGCCUCGCGCAGUAAAAAGUGGAAACCUAGCGCUUCGGUUUUAAGCAGUGAAAUACGCCCGUAUCCGGUCACAUCCGGCGUCGAAAGUGGUUCCUAUCGUGAGUUCCCAGUCCGGGUUGUGGUUUUUCGCUGUUUUUGCGCAGUUUUGGACACGUUUUGGUGCGUAAAAAUCGAACGGGAUUUUUCGUUUUUGUGUGGCCCUCUUUUUCGGUGGUGGCUGACGACGACGUCGUCGACGGAGAGACAUCUUGGGAAAGUAGUGUGCAGCAGUAGAAAAAAGAAGCAGACCGUCGUGGCCAGCAGCAGCGCAGAGCAGACAAGAGCUGUGAAGAGUGCGGAGGAUUUUCGUUCGCUCCCGGAGACCCCCGGAGCAAAUCCCUCUUGCGAGCAGUGUGAUAAUAGUCCACUCCGGGAUUAAACGCAGGAUAAUAUUUUGAUUCCGAGGAAUCGAAAUUUUAUUCCGAACUUUCGAGCAAAACCCCUUAAAAUUUUCGGUCGAUUUUUCCAUUUUUUUUCUUUAUUCGGUCGCUAGAGUGAGAGGCGUCAUCGCCCGUUCGGUUUCGUUUUGCGGGUCAGAAGUAGCAGCAGAGUAGUGUGAGCAAGAAGUACCGAACCUACCGAAGAAAUAGGGAAGUUUGGGUGAAGUGUGCGGAAAGUGGAGGGGUAGUGGAAGAAGAGAAGCGGAGUCGGAGUGUGUGAAGGCAAGCCAGGCCACCGCACCACAAAGCGCAGAGAAGUAGUGAGUAGUGGUGUGAGAGGUAGCAGCAAGCGCAGCGUAGCAAACCACCCAUAGACUUGAAGCCAGAGUGAGUGGAAUACUGGCAGUAGUGUAACCAUAAAGUAAAGCAAGCUCCGGUCCGUGGUGAAAGACGCAGAGAAUAUUAUAGUUUUCAAGUGAAGUGAAAAUACAACCAAAGCGUACCACAAACACGGUACGGCGACCGUGCCCGAGAGUGUGCCGUACAGAAUAACAAUAUCAGUGUGGCGAGCAGUGCUGCUUCGUUGCCGCCACCACCAACAGCACCAGCGCAGUAGUAGCAGCAGUGUGCGAGCAGCAAGAGUUUAAACCGGAGGAAGAAUAAGAAACGCAAAACAGAGAGAAGAAGAAAACCCGCUGCAGCUCCGUACGAGUAGUCAAGCGGAGGUUUUUGUGAUACAAACAGUGCCGCGCGUUUCGAGCUCGUAGAGAAAAGAGCAACGCGAAAUGUCGCUUCCGAUAAACUCACUGUACUCACUAACGUGGGGCGACUAUGGGACAUCGCUAGUGUCGGCCGUCCAGCUGCUCCGGUGCCACGGGGAUCUGGUCGAUGUGACGUUGGCCGCCGGUGGCCGAAGCUUCCCGGCGCACAAGAUCGUACUCUGUGCCGCCAGUCCGUUUCUGCUGGAUUUGCUGAAGAAUACACCAUGCAAGCAUCCAGUGGUCAUGUUGGCCGGCGUCAAUGCCAACGAUCUGGAAGCCCUGCUAGAGUUCGUCUACCGGGGUGAGGUGAGUGUUGACCACUCGCAGCUACCGUCACUGCUGCAGGCGGCCCACUGUCUCAACAUCCAAGGACUGGCCCCGCAGACCGUGUCCCACAAGGAUGACAACACAACGUACACCACAUCGAUCCAGCUGCACCCGACGUUGGUCCCGCAGCACCAGGCCGUUAAGGCCGUCAUCGACGUUGGAAACAAUGUUUGCACGGAAGAUCUCAUUACCACGCUGACCCCCACACAAACCGUCCAGGCCCAAGUUAUCGAAACCAUCACACCGGAUCAGAUGAGCGACGAAGUCACCAAGGAUGUCAUCAGCCAGUUCUUGCCCACCCGCAAGCGCAAGCAGCGCGUGAAGAAACCAUCGCAAUCCCAGGGAACCAAUGCUACCGGCGUCGUACAACAGGCAACCGCUACCGUCUCGGCAGGAGGAACCCAGGCAGCCAAGGUUUUGAAAACGGACGAAGAAGGCACCAUCCAGACGAUCAUUGUAAACAGCGCAGAGGAAGCGGCCAACGUUGUGAAGGACAUCAAAAAGGAAGCCCAAGUUGUUGAGGGAACCGCGGUUAUCGACACAAAGGACGGCAUCAUCAAAAUCAAGAACAAAUCUCAAUCGGAACAACCAGCCACAUGCCCAAUCUGCCAGGCCGUCAUCCGUCAGUCGCGUAAUUUGCGUCGCCAUUUGGAACUGAGGCAUUUCAAGAAACCCGGCAUGAAGAAGGAACGCGUCAAGAAGAGCAAACAAGGCAACGCAAACGGACAGGCAAACACCAGCGGCACAUCGGGCAAUGGAACGACCUCGGCAGACCAACAGCAGGUACAGGUACAGCAGCAGGCCCAACAGCAGACCGCCAUCGAAACGGCAGGAACGAUAUCGGUAACCGUAUCGCAGGCACAGGCUCAGCAACUGGAACAGGCAGCGGCAAACGGACAACAGCACGUGGUAACGCAGCACGAGAACGCCGACGGGACGACCUCGCUCUCGAUUGCCCAGGUACAGACGUUGGACGGCCAUCAGCUGGCGAUCGGAAACUUGAACCAGGCCACCCUCAUCCGCACCAGCGAGUCGAUCGAGGCCGGUAUCAUCGCCACGCACGAACCGACGCUCCGCCCGCACACGGAACUGUUCCGCGUCGGCAACACCGUCUACACGAUAGAGGAACGUCGGCCGGACCAGCCGAAUCGUUUGACUUAGAACGAUGACGAUGACGUCGACAACGGAGGCGACGUGUACGAAAUAGUGGAGGGAGUCGAUUACGAUUGCAUCAUCGAUAGUGGCGUGGACGUGGAGAUCGAGGAGGAAACGGGCGAGGGCAUCGUCGUGGAAGACGAAGAGGAAGUCGUGGAGGCCGGCGGGGUCGAUGCCAGCGGGGUCAUUCUGGACACCACCGACGAUGGGGAAGACGAGGAACCGCCGCAACUGCAGCACCAUCACCAUCAGGUGGGUACACAAACGGGGGAAACGACCGUCGUGACCGUAACUUCGGCAUCGGCGGUGGCGGCGGCGGCGGCAGCAGCAAACAAUCGUAAUGCGAUCACCAUCACUAGAAACAGCAGCAACAGCAACAACAACAAUGGUGGCAACGGCAGCAACACUAGAGGUAACAACAGCAACACCACCGAUGGUGACAUGGCGUCGUCCUAUAAGCACUUUUUAAUUCUCUAAUUUAUUGAAUGCAGUUGGUCAACCUUGGUCGCUUGAGGGCCGAAGUGUUGGCACAAGUGGUUUCUACUUCUGCACCACCCGGAAGUAGGAACCACUUAAAUUAACCUUCUACGUUUUUAUGAUCGAUUUAGAGCUACAUUAAGUAAGAGAGUAUGAAAAUUACGUUGAAACAAGACGUAUAUUGGGAUGAGAGAAUUAUUGUAGUUUGGUUCAGUCAUACAGCAGGAUCGUUAGGAAGACUUGUGAGGAAGUCUAAACAUUAAGCUUAAAACAAUGAUGCGGGGAAAGAAAUCGUUUUGUUAGGACAAUUUUAGCGAAUCGGCGCAAGCAGAAAAGUUAUUCAAUUUCACGAAGCACACACCUAAUCGCUGGUGCCGGCGUUAGGUGCAAUCUCUCAUAAUUAUUGCGUAUUUUUAAACGAAACUAUAAAAUCAAACAACUUAAAUGAAGGAUUCAUAUUAAACGUAAACAAAAAAACACAAACAAUCCAGCACACAUACAUAUACAAACACAGACACUCGGUAUAUUUUAUCGCUUUGUAAAUAGUAGCUUGUAUUAAGAUAGAAUGAGAGAGAUAGCCACAAACGCGACCGAUUGUAAAAAAAAGAACACACGAUUCCACAACGCGGAUAGCUGCAACAGAGAAUACAAUCCAAAUAAUUGUAUAGUAUUGGCUUUAGGGACGGUAAGGUAAAUUCGGAACAGAUUGUAACCACCUUUGCUUUGGGGAAAUACAAUUGUAUUUUCUAAGGAUUCCUUACCUACUUGAAAGGAUUUGAAGCUAGGUAACCAGUGUAUUUUUCGUGAAAAGGUGUUACAAAGUGAUGAUAAUGCUCCAUUGAUGAGUUAUAGAUUUUGUCCCACUAGAGAUUGUCACCCUGGCCCUUGGUGCAAUGGUUUUCCUCCUGAUGAUUUAAGGCAUUUCAGGCGACGCCUACCGGAUUUCUUUGGUAUGGACCGAAAAAAUGUGGUCAAAUCAAAUUUACAGAUUUUUUGUGUUGCUAUCAGCUUCUGGCGAUAUCGACGAUCUCGACGAUAGAGCUUAGCGUUAGAGAUCCAAUUGUGAGGCCUCCAUAAGGUAUCAGUAGGUCGUCUCCAGAGGCUCUAUUUGAUUUCAUUCUACGGAUGCGUCGAAACCUUGACAGAUCAUGCCGAGAUGUUGAAGACGUGGCCGGCACUUGGCAAAGUUUUCUAAAGUGUUCGAAUCAACGUUUCAACACGUGUCUUUCAUAAAUAUCAUAGCAUUCAACUUAGUCUACCCAGUGCUGUACAAUUUCGUUAUGGUUAAUGCCUAACGACACUCACUGUGACUUUCACUUCAAAUGGCAAAUGCUAACCCUGAAAACCAAGGUAAACCGCCAAACCAACUCAAACUAACGCUCGUUCUGGGUGGUAUCCACAACAUCCAACAGAAGUCUUUUCUUCUUGAAACACACGAUGAAACGCGAAGCUCUAACUGCACACAUUUUUGUUCUACACCUUACAUCUAUAUUCUCAUAUUGCGUGCUAUAUUUGAUUUUGUAGCGUCGUGCUCUACUACUAAACAAACUGACCCUCUAUCGGGCCAAACUUGAUGGCGGUUAUUCAGCAGUAAGUGUCCAUCAUAAUUUCUGCGUCCAAGCGAGGGUAACGUGCGAUGGGCUGCUAUUGAGAUCUACAAAGUAUGAGCAUGGUGGAUGUUCCCAUCGUAUCAAUGCGUUCGUUGCGAAUGUGUUCGUUAGCUACCUUGUGGUGACAGUCGGCUAUAGCGUUAAUUGUGGAAUAAAUGUAGAUUUCGAGGCUGUUUGUGGAGACUGAGAGAUAAAUGUCAUCAGUAUUGUGUCCGGUCUACUCCAGCAUUUCACUUCUUUCUUGAGAAUUUACACACCAAACGCUUUCAGCAAUACUUUGCUGAAUUUUGCCGACCUUAAGGGUUCAGCAAAAAAUUUUGCUGAAUAUUUGGCAAAGUUUGCUGAAUUUCAGCAAAACGUUACUGGUGAUCAGCAGAGUUUACUGAACAAAUCAGCAAAAAUUUUGCUGAAUUUCAGCAAAAUGUUUACUGAAACCUUAUCAGCUCGGCAAAAUUCAUCAAAAUUUUGCUGAAACCCUCAAUCGAAUUUUGGUGUGUACAUAAUGGUGCUGGCGGGCUGUGGCUUUGGCUAUUGGUGUUUUUGCUCGCUAAAUCACGAUUUUGGUAUUCUUUUGCUCCUCUAUUUUCCCCCAGGUGUUGACAGCGAACCAUUGUUUUAUCUGGGUGUACAGCUCUCAUGCAGCUCAUUCUGGACGGAGCCGAAUGCUAAGCUUCCGUGAAUCGCAUAUCUGUCCCAUAUGCAUAGGACAUCUAGCAAAGAAAUCACUGCUUGCGAUUUACGGCAGUAAGCAGUAGAUCAACUUCAUGGUUACAAAACCAACAUGCGCUGGAUCGCUAGUCUUGACAAAGAAUCUACAUUAUAGGAGCAUAUAGCAUCAAUCAAUCAAUGACUUUUGAAGAGUCUAUCUGUGCCACUAGUCGAUCAGCUAGAUAUUCGCACGGAUUUGUAUUUGCCUUUUAAAAGGAUUGAAUGAAUGUGUUAUUUGUUUCUUUUGUGGAUUAAUUGUUUCAGCGGGGAAAUGGCAGAUUAGUGAUACGUUCAAAUCGUAAAUCAUCAUCUUAUGUUUAGGGCUGAGCAAUCAUUCUUUAUUGAUGAACAUUUGAUGGCCGCUGCCUCAUCCCUUAUAGCCUGUUUUCUGUGCUUAAUAGGUAGUUCAUAAAAACUUAGAAACUCCUCAUUGAACGCCGUUCAAUUUCACUCUAACUGCCGCGGAUCCCAUAUCAAUUCCAUAUUUGCUGGAUUUCCUAUAGCAUAUAUGCAUAUACAGGGGAUAGACAAAAUGAUCGGGACAGGCAAAAUUUUCCCUUCUCAAAAAAUUUUCAAAUAGCUGUAACUUUUCGAAAAGUGCAUCAAAUAUUCUCAAAUUUUUACUGUAAGUUCAUCAAUUAUUUGUGUAUCAGUGGACAAAAUUUGGAAAAGAUCGAACUAUUCUGCACGAAGUUAUAAAGAUUCUAAAAAAAGGUAGAAUUAUCCGAUAGCCAACUUUGAGCUGUUAUAUCUCCGGAUUCAAUGAACCGAAUGCAAUGAAAUUUUGACCAUUUAUGACUUAUAUAAUGAGCUUUGAAAAACUUUUGACAUAAUUUAAAAUUUUUAACACGGAAGAAAAUUAUAACGAUUAUAUUAUUUUUCUAAUAAAACACCAAAUUUUCUUAAAUUUCAACAUCGUUUCAAAAUUCAAGAUGCUAAUUAUAGUUUAUUUAAAUUCCCUCCGAUUGUCUUGAAUACAGAUAUGCUUUGAAAGAAAAUAACAACAUAGGCGGCAAUUCAUUCAAAAAGUAAUGGGAUGCAUAUUUAAAAUAGACCAAUAUACUAAAAUAUCAUAAAAUUAAUGAAAUCGUUAUAACUUUUUCUCUUGUUAAUAAUUUCAAGUUGAGUCAAACGUUUUUCAGAGCUCAUUAUAUAAGUCAUAAAUGGACAAAAUUUCAUUGCAUUCGCUUCAUUGAAUCCGGAGAUAUAACAGCUCAAAGUUGGCUAUCGGAUAAUUCUAUCUUUUUUCUAAAACGCUUGUAACUUCGUGCAGAAUAGCCCGAUCUUUUCCAAAUUUUGUCCACUGAUACACAGCUAGUUGUUAAACUCACAGUGAAAAUUUGAGAAUAUUUGAUGCACUUUUAGAAAAGUUACAUCUAAUUGGACAUUUUUUGAAAAGUGAAAAUUUUGCCUGUCCCGAUCAUUUUGUCUAUCCCCUGUACCUAUAAGCAAAUGGAACGAAUAUGCAAUUCACGGCAGUGAAGCUCUCUUGCCUGCAUCAAGGCACUAGAAUAGCUGCAUUGAUUCUAACGAAGUUCUGAAAGUCAACUGCCCCAUCUAGCAAUUGAAGUCUUUUAGUCCAAAGCCCUUGUGGUGAAGUUGUAGACGGGGGGUCUUCCAAUACCUCACAGUCGAUCUACGAACUCGUCUAGACUGGCGUAUGCUAAUCGGUCGAUGGGUUCUCGAUUGCUUGUGGGACUGCGUUGGGUUUGACGUUGGAUAGGCUGCCGAAUUUUCUCAGGAAGAUAAGGUCGUUGUCCGGUGAUGCCGAAUUCAGGUCGAGAACAUCCAGCAAGAUAUUCAGAGGAACUUCAGGUUCCGCUGACGAUUUCGAUGUUAAUCAGAGAAAUCCACCUCCUUCAAGAGGGCCAAGCUUGGAAGGCAAAGCAGCUUCUCAACUGCAGGUUCCAUUGCAUAGAAUACACUUUCAUUAACUUCCUAUUUCAGAAUAACUAAUCUAUUGCAUUGCUAAACCCCCUGUUGCCGAUUCGUUGAGUUUGUCAAUAAGGCGCAUUUGAAUUUCAGCUUCCUGCUUAACUCCGUCAAUUCCAAAAGCUUGAAGUCGACGCCGGCUUCAUGGUCUGCAAGCAGAUAUAGAGACUGUGGCACCACCGAACGAGGAACGAGCUUCGGUAGAAUGUAGCUUUUGUAUCGCUCAUGAUCGGGUGGGCUUAGUUUUCCUAGAAGAAGUCGUACUUUCGUAGCGUCAUCUAGUUUACCGGCACAUUUGUUGAAUGGGUCGAUGUACAUAGCUGGAAAAUCAAGCGUCGAAUGUGUGCUCAUUGUCAUCGUAUAGGCGAAGUCCGCCAUGUUGCUUGAUAGGGAAUCCAGCACCCAUUCGUCGCGGAACAAGUCUUUGACGGCAUGCUGAGCGGCGGCCAGGUGAAAGGCUAGCUGUCUCUGUUAACGAUGUUCAGAAAUACGAAGUCCGACGUAGAUGCCCCUGAUGCGACCACUGAACCCUUUUCGAAUGCACUCCACCGACUCAAGCAGUACUUUGGUUCCGGGUCCGACAUAAUGUUCCAGAGACGUAAGCUUGCUCUGAUGGAACAGAAGUCGGAGGAAUCAAAUCACGCCUUUGUUACCAGGGUAGGCGAAACAGCGCAACUUUGUGACUUCGACAAGGCAAAGGAAUUUUAGAAAAUCGCAAAAGCAUGCAAGAUGCUAAGAAGCUCGCGUCACGGCCCUCAAAAUGGUCACCCGGAACGGAUCUUUCACGGAUCUAGUGGAUAAGGUUCGAGAAAUCCAGGCAAUUCGUAUGAACGAGGAGUACUUCGCAGUUAAACAUGGGCCAGAAGCAACAACAUCUAAACCAGCAUUGGUAGCUCCAGUGAGAGCUGAACACUCCAAGCAAAAGCAAUGUUUCUCUCGACGAACUUUGUCGUGUACGGACGCGAGUUAGUUUAUUCGAGAUUUUUCCAAUUUCAAAAUGGCGGAUCAGCAAAAGCAGAAGUUGCGUCAGCCGAAAAGGAAAAAUCACCACAUUAAGGAUGUCUUGUUCUGGUGAGACUCAAACCCACGACUCCGUAUUCGCUAGGCCGAUGCAUUAACCAACUAAGCCAAAACAGGUUGACCUAUAGGUAUAUGUAGUUUUUAGGUAACAAUAGUAGUGGUAGGAUUUUGGUAUAUAAGCGGGGUGAAUGCGAUGACUUCUUCAGUGGAUAACUGACACUGAGGAAGAUUACAAGUAGUGGUCGAAAUACGCAUAUCUGUCGAAGGAUAAGCAACAUAGGGCGGAAUUAAAAGGUACGAAACUGAUUACACUCAUUCGAACAGAAAGUUAUGUCGAAAAGAUUGAGAACGGAAAUAUGGUUUCCGUUGACUAACGUGGUUAGUCAUGUUGGAACACAUGACAGCCAUUUGCUUAAACCAACUAUCAUUUAUUGUGAAUAUAAACGUCAACAAAGCGUCCUCAAUACGGCUUGAUGCUGAGUUACUGUGCUGUACUAAUGGACGGAAGCUUCUAUGCAAGCCCUAUACCAACGAAUCUGGCGAACUUAAUCCACAUGUAUAUGCUGUGCGAGCAGCUUCUAUGCCACCAAGUCAUGGUUAUUUUUUCGGCUCCUAUGUAACCGCUAACUGAAUAACAUCUUGAGAAGGCGCUUUUUCAGCCUUUUCACAGUUGUGAAAUAAUAGUUAAACGGCAUACCCAAAUUAAUCGAUUAAUAUAAUAAGGUUAUGGAAACCGUGACGCAAUACAUGUGGAACUGGAAUUAUUGCUUUUAAAAUGGAAUAAUUAAAGUACUUGCCGCUACUUGGAAUCGAACUCCCGAUCUCCGUAUCCGCUGGUCCCGAUGAUGUCCUCGCUACCACACUGCUAUAUAUAAAUAGCAUAGAAAAUAGCUCGUUUUGUUUUACUCCAGACAAGGCUUCAUAAUUGUGACAUAAGAAACCUUAGGCAACUUCAUCUUGCUGCAAAAGUUUGUGAAAUGUCAAACGCAAUAAUGUUUACAUUGAACAAGCUGUGUGGUUGCGCCAACAGGUUCUUCGUCACAGCUUCUAGCUGAAAGAAUGUUCUUUAAACAGCUACAAAGCGCUGCUGUUUUGCGUAUUUGGCAACAUUACAAAACGUACUGUAUAAAAGCAGCUGUUGUAUUGGCUGCGAUUCUUAUUCGAUUUGCACAUCUUCCGACAAAUCUUCCGGAGUUGGAUUAAAGUGCAAUAAAAGCAACCCAGCAUAGUGAUGGAAGGCUGUAAAGUAUUUAAAGUUUGUUUUGACAAUAAUGUUUACAUCCGACAAGCCGUGUUGGUAUACCAACAGUUUUUUUUAUUACAGCAUCUAGCUGUAAUGAUAUUGUAUAACUGCCCUAUAAGCGUUGCUGGUUUGAGGAUUUGUCAGUAUUACGAAAUGUACUGUAUAGUGGCAGCUGUUUUGUUAGUGGGGACUCCUAUUCAAGUUUCCACAUCAUCUGGGAAAUCUCUCAGAGUUGGAAUAGCAGAGUGGAGUGCAGUAAAGGCAGCCCCAGUGAGGAGAGAUUGAUUUCUGAAAAACAAGUUUGGUAGCUGUAUGGUACUUAUUUUGCAGCCGUGUAUUAGCUUAUGGUUUAUAUUUGACUAGCUUCCCUUCUAUUCAGCGUUGGCUGCUUCAAUUCGAUGGUUACACAACAUAAAGCAAAUGACUGAAGCUUAUAGCGCUGAAAAUGUUAAUUAGGUAACCAUCACAAAAAAUCCGCUUCACGUUUUCAAGAAAAAAAAUCGUUAAAGUAAACGUUUUUUCCAGUUUUCAAUAUUUUUCUUACCGAGGUGUCUACAAGUGAUUUUAAAUCUGGAGCAGCGAAGCCGCGUGUGGAUAAGUGAAUUUAUUCUAGCAAAGACACAAACACACGCCAGAAAGAUGGUAUCAGUUCUAAUAAUAUGAAAAUCGUAGAACAAUACUGAAUAGUGUAAACCGUAUCAUUAUUGGUAUGAAUGCUGGUGAUGAAAUAAUCUUCACAAAGCCGGGAGCUUGUUAUUCAAACUAACAAAACGAAAUAUCGUGUCGUGAAGAAGGCAAACCUAGUAGAAGCCGUGCUGUGUGAACACAGUAACAGCAGCGUUGUUUGUGUGAGCGUGUGAGUGCGUUUUAGCCCUUAAGCGGAAGAAAACAGAAACAGACAUGAAAAUGACCGUAACUAUGAAAUUUUAACACAUUAGAAAAGUUAAAGAUAAAACAUUGAAAACAAAUGCAAGAAUCUAGCUGGUAAGAAACUUAUUUCUUUUAACUUUAAAAGUAGUAAUAUAUGGAACAAAAGAUAUAGACUAUGACGCAUGAAGCAGAUUUAUUCCUCUCGCGCAAGUGGAAUCGAGCAAGAAAACGAAUAAGUUGGGUGAUGAAACAUAACCCUUAAAACAGAGAAUGAAAACGGAACAAUUUCGAACCCAAAUUUUCGGAAAACAAAAGUACAACCAAAUAUAAAAAAAAAUAAUGAAAAACUUUUUCAUACAUAAGAUUUACCGGCGCUGUUGAAUGUGCUAACAUAUAAAUUGGUAAUAAUUCGAAAUGAUUUAUCUAAUGAUGUAAUAGCAUGUGCAUUCAGCAGACAAAAGUUGUAAUAAAACUACAGUGUAAACAUGUGAAAAUAUGUGUGUCUCAUAGUUCAAUACGCAAACAAACACCGCCGUGGCGAUUUUUGGUUUUCCAUUUCCCACCUUCCACUCGAACGCAGAUCACCAUCCAGGAUGGUGUGCAUUUAAAUAUAUGACAUAUAAACACUACAUUUUAAUCACAACCUUUCCCCCCUAAGUUCUGAAAAACAGUCAUCGAAAUUCCACAAAAGCACCAUAUUUUUCAUUGCUGGAGCAAGUUAUCUCCAAACAUCAAGAUAAGUCGAAAGUUUCCAAAAUUUUAAGCGCAGCUUUAACGCAUUGGACUUCAGUUAUCCUUUUUCGUUUCCUGAAUUUCAUAGAAUGUUAACGUAAGCGGUGAAUUAGGAGACAGCCGUCAAUGUCGUCUAUUGUUCGAUAAGAAUAAACCAUGAAUUUCGCUAUUUAAAUAACUCCGCCAAGUACCAUCAGAAAAAAAAAAACACAAAUCCACUAACAACGCAUAAGCAAGAAUACAAAAAAAAAUCAUGACGAAUUGCGAAUCACAGAUCCAUAUGAACGACACAAGCAGCAAUCACCCCAUAAACAAAAAUAUACAUAAUAGAGUUUACAACAUUUAGCAGCAGCAGUAAACUGUGGAAGAAUGGGACUGGAAACAGCGAGAGCGAAACCAAUAUGUGAGAGGAGGUAGAAGGAAACAAAAAAAAGUGGAAAUAACAUCAAAGCAUAACUGAACAGAAACAAGUAUAAAUGUGUGUACAUAAAGAAGAAAAUAAAGUAAAAAUCAUGUGAAAAACAA